CAGCUGUUGAACAUCUGCAAAACAUUUGUUCUCUGAGAUAAGACUUACUCUCUGUUCGGCCCUUGCUCAGAGCUGAGGGGAGCUUUUCGUGCUGCUGCUGCAGAACAGGACCGUUUCCUCACAGUGGUACGAUGGAGGCCAGAGGGCUCUGGGUAACAUUUCAUCUUCUUCUCGUGGUGAGCUUCUCGMUGCAGCAGACCUCCUCCAAGAAAAAGAAUGGCAAAAAAGAUUCUGUGAACGCUGCUGCUGUGGAGAAGCUGCAGAAGCAGAUUGACGACAUCAUUCAGGAGCUGAACGUGUUGAAGGAGCAGCAAGCUUUACAGACAGUUUGUCUGAAAGGCACCAAGAUCCAGGGCAAGUGUCUCCUGUCYGACCCGGUGAAGAAGACCUUCCACGUAGCCAGCGACGACUGCAUCGCCAAAGGAGGCAGCCUGAGCACCCCUCUGACAGCAGACGAGAACGACCGGCUCUACAGCUACGUGCGCCAGAGUCUCGGCCCGGAGGAGCACAUCUGGCUGGGCAUCAACGACAUGGUGACGGACGGCCAGUGGCUGGACCARUCCGGCUCCAGUGUGCGCUUCAAGAACUGGGAGACGGAGAUCACCCGGCAGCCCGAUGGGGGCCACAGCCAGAACUGCGCCGUCCUCUCCACCACGGCCAGCGGGAAGUGGUUUGAUGAGAGCUGCCGAGCCGAGAAGGCCUCGGUGUGCGAGUUCAACAUCGUCUGAGAGCUCUGACGUCGCUCGGUGCAGUCGGUGGCCGUGCUGCACUUCAUCUCCUGCACGUGUCGGAGGAAAGCAGCAAAAACGUUGAAAAUAUAAGCUACCCCCUGGAACAUUCAAAUAAAUUCACCAGACCCAUUACAUGUACAUCUUACAGCAUUUUAAAUGGCUUACAUUUAGCUUAAUCACUGGAUGGCUUCUCUGUGUGCUUAACCAAAAUAAUAGUAUUUUAAAAAACCUUGAAACAUAAAUAAAAACAGAAUAUGGUGAUAUGUAAAUCCUUUGGACACCACGUCCAUGAUUUCCAAAAACAAGUCGAAAUAUGGACUUGUCAGGCCACAGGACACUUUUCCACUUUGUGUCAUUCCAUCUCAGAUGAGCUCGAGUCCAGAGAAGUUGGCAUUGUUUCUGGGUGUUGAUAUAUGGCUUUGCAUGGUCGAGUUUUAACUUGCACCUGUAAAUGUAGUGAUGAACUGUUUUCACUGACAAUGGUUUUCUGAAGUGUUCCUAAGCCCAUGUGGUAACGAUGAUGUCAGUGUUUAAUGCAGUGCCGCCUGAGAGAUCAAAGGUUACGAGCAUUUAAUGUUGGUUUUCAGUCUUGCUGCUUGUUUGCAGAGAUUUGUCAAGGUUCUCUGAAUCUUCUGAUGAUUUCAUGGACCGUUGAUGAAAUCCCUAAAUUCCUUGACAAUGUAUAUUGAGAAGCAUUGGGCCUCAUGCAAGAACAUGUUCAUAUUCUUAUCCUACAUUUCUCUUACUUUUGUUCGUACGAAGGGU